AUGCCCGGAUAUCAGUUGUAUCUUCAUGUCAUGCUGGUAACAGACCUUCCGUCUACGGCUGUCAAGGACUUGGCAGCUAUCUUGUUUACACUACUCGCUCUAAAUGGCUUGUUGCUGAAUUGUUUGUGGGCUUUGAUCUUAAUCAUGGGUCAUCGUCACUUCUCUCGCCGUCCCUUCUACAUCAUCUCUCGACAUCUCUUGGUCUGUGAUCUCUUAUGCAUCAGUGGCCAAGUGGUCCUAGCUGUGCCUUUGACCAUUAUGGAUUAUCACCAUGCUUGGGGUAGGAUCAAACUGAUAUAUUAGAUGUGUUUAGCUUACAAAAGGACGAAUGUGUUCAAUGUUUUCUCGACCUUUGAGACUGUUGGCCACAUGUCUACUUUAACUUUCGUUUUCCUCCAGUCCCUCAGCCAGAUCGCUCCAUUUUUGCCCAACCAAAAACAAUUAAUUUAUCAUCUCAGCUCCUCGGGCACUGUUAUUUGCAUGUUUGGAUGGAUAUUCAAUAUAGGUAAAUAAUUGCAUAGUAUUUACUACAUAUCAUGUAAAUGUGCAGGUUUAAUGGUGGCCAUGUACAUGACCAAAUGCCGGAAGGACUUUGAUCUGUUCGACUUCCAUUUUUAUUUUAUUUGCACCGAAGAUCGAGAGACCGCUGAAUUCAUUUGGAUGAUCUUGAACAUUGUGGUAGUUGUAAUCAUUUCUUCCGCUUACUUUAUUUACAUCAUGGGAUUUAAAAACACACGAAUACGAAUUAGGUGAGGGAUUAAUCGCUUCUGCAAUUAAUCUUUAUGGGUUUUCAUCUACAUACAUCUCCUAAAUUAUUAUAAUUCUAAUAUCUUCAGAGCUCUAGAAGCCAAAGGAUCCUUGAAUGAGGACGACAAGAGGGAGUUGAUUGAGCUGCGGAAACGUCGUCUCAUUAUCUUGCAAGGUCUCCUCAUCGUAACAAUGCUGACCCUCCGAAUGACCGCUUAUUAUGUGUUCGCGCCCAUGCUGAAAGGCCUUGACCGUGACGUCCACACGGUGGGAAGUGUGCUCUCGAAUUGUGUGGAGAUGAUCAGCUCCUCCGUCCACCCCUGUAUCUACAUCAGAUUCAAUGAGAGAGCUCACAAGUACUUCCUCAAGAUCAUCUCUUCGAUCAAGCCUCAACGGGAAAUCGAUGAAACCACCGAAUUCACCAACGUCGAGAUCUCCAGAAUGGACAAAUAA